AUGGAGGUUGCCAACACCGAGGGAAUUAUCUCGAUACUGAGGGAGCGAGAUAUCUUGAUCAAACGCGAUGUGAUCGAGUCUGCUAUGGAAGACCCUGCCGCUGGUCCGGGGAAUGCGAAGUGGAUGUCCAAACACCUGCGACCGGAAACUCUUCUCUCCACGGAAGAGCUUAGCCUCUAUACAAAACUUGAAAAUUCCGGUGCUCUUCAACCCAUUCUUCGCGACCCUGGCCUUGAUGCGACACGACCCUUUCUAGAGGAUGAUAUGCGAAGCACCAUUAGAUCCCUUGAAGCAUCCACAGCAAUUAUUCAACAAAAGUCUCGCACUUUAACCGCACAAUGCGAAAUGCUCAAGAAAAAAUUGCACCGGCAGGAGGGCUUGGAACAAAAUAGAAGCCGGGACAUCGCACGGCUGCGGAAGAAGCAUGAAGGUGCGAAACAAAACAUUACGAUUGUGGCAAACGAUCUUUCGGAUGAACUAGAUGCUGGUUUUCGGAGCGAGACAGAUAAAACCGGGGCGGAAAGCAAGCGAAUUCUAUCAUUGCUGUCCAGUCGGUUGAAACAUGACGAUAGACUGCUUAGCACUCUGGAGAAGCUGAUGCCUGUAGUCAAGUCGAAUUUCGAUGAUGCGUCUACUGUCAAGCGAGCAGCACACCUUAGUGAGGCCCUGGCAGACUACAGCGCAGAGGAGAUCCAUUACCGCUUGGAUCGACUAUAUCUUGAAGAAUCAAUGCAAGCUGGAGAUCUAAAUUCCCUUUCCGGAGCAGAGGGCGCCACAAUCACUGCAUUGGAGGAGGAGCUGGAGGCGUUAUAUCCCGAGAUCGAGAUCUUGGCUGAGAUGUCCACCAAGCAACAGUUCCACGAGCCCAUCCUACGGGAGAUCUACAAUGGGCACAGCCUGCUUCGGGAGACCUUACAGCAGAAGCUGGAACAGAUUCUCGAUGUUUUAAUCGACAUGACUCUUUCCAAGCAGGAAUUGACGGCACAGCUAGCAAACCGGGAAUCUUUAUGUGAACUAUUAGAGCAAAUCACCAUCCUCUAUCAAGCCGAAAGCACCAAUCAACUUGUGACCCAGUCCUCCUCUCGCCGGGAAUCUAUUAGGCGGCGGUCCCUGCAGCCUGGCAUGGUCCUCGGGGCUACACGCAAACCCGCUUCAAUGCCCGAGCAGCCUUCGUUGGAAAAUCUCCUGCGUCGUAUUGGAUUGUCACCCGAGUCCGUGCUCCGCCCGCAGGUAGAGGAUGGUGGUGCCCAAGGACUUUACGAAAAGCGAAUUGACAUGUCAGAGGCGAUCCGAAAUCUCGAGAUUGCGGCGGAAUCGCCUCUGGUUAGUAAUUUGGGCGAUUCUGAUAGCGCGUCACAGCUUUUGGCCUCUUCAUUGCAUGGAAAUGCCCAAUUUGGAACAUCGCUGCGCAAUUCUAGACAAGAAGGCGCAUUGUUGGGCCUAGAGACUGAACUUGCCUCACUUCAAAAGGGGGUGCAGGGGCUGAACCUCAAUGUGCUCCAUCAGCGGGAUAAGACCCAGGCUAAGUUUCUUGAGCGAUGGGGUUGA